AGGGGGUUAAAAUAAUAAAAACGGUUCAUACCACAGAAACCCCUAUAUACAUGCACUAUAAUUUUGAAAAAAAUUAAACAGGAGAUCUUUUCAUUUAAAAUCAGAGGUCACUACAAUUGGUGGCUGUCUCAUUCUUUUGUUCAUCAGUAACUCGGCUUUGACCCGCCUGAACAAGUCGCAAAGCAAGGUGAAACACGGGUCACGCUGUCUAACAAAAAAAAUUAAAAAUAAAUUGUAUUAAAACAUGUAUUAAAAUGGUACACUGUCUAGCUACGCUUGGUAAGUAUAUAAAAUACAAAAAUUAAUAUAUAUAUAUAUAAAAAAUCUAAUAUCAAGAAUAGAUGGCCUGCAGAAUUUCGAAACUAUUAUCAUUUCUCUUAAAUCUAAAAAGCUAUGAUCAGCCGUAAAAACAUCAUGCUCUAACACAGUUAAACAGUUAAGAUACAGCUGGUCAAAUUAAUCAAGCUAUGUAUUUGGUAUGUGAACGGAAAUUCAUAAGAUUUAUUUUUUUUUUUUAAAGAAAAUAAUGCUAAAUCCCUAUAUAGGAAAAUAAAUUAAAGAUAACGUCUUUGUUAACCAAAUUUAAAUGCAACGACAAUCAUUGGUAAAUAUUUUUAAAUACUGAGAGUUUUGAUUCUUACAUUUUUUAAUAGAUACAAGGUUUUGGGGUAACUGUGCUCUGGUGACCGGGAGCGAAGGAGCUGGUUAUCAGAGGAGGUCAUGUAUUAUCCAUGAACUUUCCUCCUUUUCCGCUACCGCUGUCGCCUUGCAAAAAAUAAUGAAACUUUGUGAUGUGUGUUGUAAAUGAUUCGGCUUGACCUCUCGACCUUUAGCCUUCCUUUAUAUGCUUCUUCACGGUAUCCAAACAGAACACGGUUUUGACGCCACCUGAUCAGUUUGACUGCCAUGACAGCAUCUCACAGUGAGUAGAAUUCAGCACAAAAGCCUCUAAUCCUAUACCUGGAUGAAUAUAAAAAUGUGUUGUACAGAGAUAGGCCUAUAGAAUGAGAUAAUUUUUAUUAGUGUGAUUAGUCACCAUUGAUUACAUAAAUUUGAGCGCAGUGCGUAAUGUCUGAGAAACUGAGCUACGGGCCUCUAUUUGGAGAUUUUUCCCCGUUAAACAACUGUAUUACCAAAAGAGUGUUAAAAAGCACCGAACCUCGUUUUAAAAUCAAACUUAAGUGUAAUCUUGAAAAUGAAUUAUUCGUAAUGGGGCACUCUUAGAACGGUUGCAGUAACGAAUUCAAUGUAUAAGGAAUUUUAAUGUGUUUUUUCGAAGGCGUUUUGUCUGCUGAGCGAAUACAUGCCGUCGUCUAUAUAUACCCUGUAGAACCGAAUUUGUGUGAAAAAAAAUGACAGUCACAGAUUCGAUCCUAGGGGAGUAUAUGGUCGAUGCAAGAACUUCGAAUAAAACUUUGUGUGUUCUUGAUUUUUUUUUUUUUUUUUUUUUUGCCAUCCAAUGUACGGCCAAUGCAUGUAAAAUGCUAAUAACUGCUUUGGAAACCGGAAUCUUUCUUACUUUCUUACUGGAGAAUAUGAAAUGAUAAGCAUAUAAUUGCAUGGUUGCAUAAUAUGAUUAUAUGAUUCUGAUAACGUGAACUGUCAUGAAAUGCUUUGAUCAGUUCUGUCAACAUUGCUUCUGGUGGUUUACGUGGUGGUGCUUUGUGCUGCGUUUCUUCCUGUUUUCACUAAAACAAGUCAACAUUUUUAACCUUUUAUAGCGUUGAAAUCUGAGUGAGAGACAGGACAGAGAGCAAAAAAUAACGUGAACAAUAUUGUGUAAAAAUUUUAACAAACUUUGCACAUCCAUUACUCCCUAGUCUUACCUUUAUGAACUCCCAAGUGGCAAUUCUCUUUUAUGUGGCGUUUGAUUAUUGAUUGGCACGGCGCAUUGAUGGCGAACCAGGGCGCUCUAUACAGCGAGCUGAAAGGAUGAGAAGCUCUGGAACGAUGAGACUCCAGUAACUUCUGCGUGACCUCUACAUGACAAAGACGGUCUCCAUCAAUUGUCUGCUGGCUUUAUGUGACUCUUUUUGUGCCUUGGGCCGUUUUUAUCUUUUGUCUUGUUUUGUUUUUACCAGUCAAAUUCCCUGGGUUGGGUUUGAUUUAGCUUGGUUGAAUAUUAAUUUACCAAAUGGGCCACAUACACAUAUAUGUGAUGCACAUACGUGUUUUUAUAUGAUAUCAUGAAAUGUGUAAUAAGCAGGGAUACUCCCAUGUGAUGAUGGGCAGUGCCAACUGGGUCUCAAUACACAAACAGAAUUUGCCUUUUUUUUUUUUUUUAUCGCAGAUCGGGUAUUAAAUCAAUUCAUUUUUAUAUUAUAGCCUAUUGUUACCGUCCUAAUUGAGAGAUAAUGUGAAGUUUGUGAAAUCAACUACUAGGUGUGCACAGCUUCUUCUCGGUUGAUGAAGUCCCUCCACCUCGAUUGGCCGAGCUGGUCACAUGGUAGCCUAACUUUAUUCAGUUGACAGCAAGUAGGAGGGCUUUAUGGAGGGAGGAAAAAAAGACAACUCGAGAAAAAUUAGUAUUUCCUACCUUCAGAAAUUAAUGGCCAUGAGUUCGUACAUGGUGAACUCCAAGUAUGUGGAUCCAACAUUUCCUCCUUGUGAGGAAUAUUCUCAGAACAGCUAUAUACCUGAACAGAGCCCAGGCUACUACAGUCCGUCGCAGGACACUGAUUUCCAGCAUCCCGGAAUCUAUUCACGGUCAAACUACCCUGAACAGCCUUACAGUUGUAACACUGUCCAGGGCUCGUCGGUGCAGCCGCGGGGUCAUGUGCAGGAUCAAGCCAGCCACCCUAGCCCUUAUCCCGCACAGACAGAGCAGUGUCCUGCGGUCCAGAUCUCCGGACCGAGGACUUGUGGACAACAACAAAACACAAAGAGCCAGAACGGGAUUCCAGCCAAGCAGCCUGCUGUAGUUUAUCCAUGGAUGAAGAAAGUGCACGUUACCACGGUGAAUCCGGAUUACACAGGACCGGAACCCAAACGUUCUCGGACAGCCUACACAAGACAGCAAGUUCUCGAACUAGAAAAGGAGUUUCAUUUUAACAGGUAUCUAACAAGACGGCGUCGCAUUGAAAUCGCGCAUACUCUCUGUCUCUCUGAGCGACAGAUUAAAAUCUGGUUUCAGAACAGAAGAAUGAAAUGGAAAAAGGAUCACAAACUUCCUAACACGAAAGGGAGAUCGGCGUCAUCUGGAAAUCAGCAUGCACAACACGCUCAGAAGGACAGCCAGACAGAGAUUACAACUUUAUAAGUGGAUAUCUCUCCCUCCCGCCAGAUGUAGGCUACAGAUGAACUGUAUGUAACAGACAAUGCUUCAUUUGACAUUGCAUGGUAGCAAAUCAUGACAUGUUGGGUACAAGUGCCAAAAACUGAGAACCAGAAGCACACACCAUGACUAAAUGCAGCGUAAAAGCUGCUAUGCAUUAAAAUCCCCAAUUUCGAUAUUUACAGUAUUGUAACCCUUUGUAACUGAGGCAACGAGGAUAUGAGGCAUCGAAUGAUGAUUCACGUGCCACCACGAGGUACAGUAAAACGUUAUAAAGCUCACGCUAUUUUACACAAACUUGCCAAAUUUGUUUCAGAGCAUGGAUCGUUUUAGUGACCCUAUUUACACUUUUUUUUUUUUUUUUUUUUUUAAUCUCUGUAUAUCACCCUUUUCCUCUUUUUAAAAUCAUUAUGGCAAGUUUACGCCUAUGGCGAGUCAAUUUAUCCUAACUUAAUCAUUAAAGAAAACUUAAGUAAUGUGCAACAUAUAAUAAAUUACGAAUGUCCUAGGUGUUUUUGUACUAAAGUCGAGUGGGUGCAAGUGAUAAAAACUAAAUAAAAUUAGUUAAUUCUAAGGGAAAAAAAAUCGUUGCCUGGGAAAUUAUUUAUUUGUAGACUGAAAAACUGAAGACAUUUCCUUCUCAACCUCGUUUAUUGUGCGCUCCCCAUUAAUGGUUUACUCUCUAAAAGACUAUAUUUGGGUCAAGGAAUUUUAUCAUGUUCAUGUAAUUUUUAAGAAUUUCGUUAUAGACAUUUUACAUUUGUUUAUUGCAGCUUUUUUUUAAAUGGCGUAUUUAAUCGAGAAAAAAAGUCUCUUUUUGACACGAAUAUUCCAUGCCUUAUACUCCACUAUAAAUCCCGCCCGACAUAUUUGUAAACAAUAUAGCUACAAUUGCAGAAGCAGUAUUCCUGUCUUCCAGAUGUUGCCUGAAAUUCUUGAAAAGCAGCUUUGUAUUUGGCAUUUUAGAUACACGUUUAGUCCUCAAGAUGUUUGAACCUUCUAUUUAUUAAAUGUUAAAAAGAUUUAUGUUCUACGUGAACGUAAGUAUCCGUUCAAUGAUUUUCAAAUUCACUUUUUAGUUUUUAAGUUCUCAAAUAUAUGUAUAUAUUUCUGUAUAUUGUGCAUAUUUUCUACAUUCAUAUUUUGCAGUAAUUAAAUAAAUGAUAUGCAGAGAGGUUUCACUCAAACUCCGUCAUAUUGUGUUGAAAAUAGAAACUCUUGAGAUAGGAAAAACACGUAUCAAGCACUUCCACACACAUGAUGUUAUUUCUGAAAAGGAAUUGGUGUUAAAUCUGAAAUGGUUUUCCAACAGUGAUUAAACUUAGACGCUCUGCUAUCAUUGUGGUGUCUUUGUCUCCUUGAACAAAAACACGAGGCGUACAUGCAUUGCGAAGGAGUCUUCACACUGAAGCCUUCACGUUGAGCGCAUGAAAAGGUAUUUUUACAGAAGUUCAACAAAAGCCUUGCGGGCAGGUUCAUCUAGAGGACAGAGUUUCUGUUGCAUUAGACGCUUUUGAGCCGCGAGCAUUGACCUCUACACUCCUGACCUGAUGGACCUUCAGUCAGUUCUCUAAGACGCUUUUGCGCACAGAUGCACCAAAAAAUGUGUUCUUGUGGAGGAGGGGUUGCUUUUUAAAAAGAAAGAAUAGAAAAAAAAUAAAAAAAAAAAAAUCGGCACGAAAUUUUGGUUUGUAUUAAUAUUUGCUUACCUUACACGGUGAUUAUUUGCUACACCGUUUGACUUUAGAAUUUGUAGCGUACUUGAUCAGUUUCCGCACGAGUCCCGCGCAUUAAAACCAUGGUUAUGCAGCAGCUGCCCACUGAUUAUGAUAUUUGUGAAACUACAAUCCAUGAAUAAACCUCUAGGUGUAUUGCUUCAUCAAGAAAAAUAUCAAGGCAAAGCAUUAUUGACAAACUGGAAGACAUCCAUUUUGGUAUCCGUGUAUUAUUAAAAAUACAGUGAGUUGUAAGCGAUCAUUAGGCUACUAUGCUAAAUAACAACAGAGUUUAUGACAUUUAAAUAUUACACAAAUUUCUCCUUGUUUUGAUCCUUUUCUUUCUUUUGUUCUCAAUGCCUAAAAUCGUUGUCCAUCAGCACUGAAAAUGUUUGUGCUUGCGGUAUGUGUGUGCGUGUUUGUGUACCACAAUUUGGGGAAUAAUAUGUACCCUGAAGUGAGGUUAACAUGAUAAAAUCUCUCAAAACCUCCGUUUGGAGGCGUUCUCGUUUGUAAAAGCAGUAGGCCUAUAUGAAAAUAGUAAAUAGAGGCUUUUUAAAUUGUACAAAUGCUUAAAGUUAUCUGUUAGAGUUAGGUUAUAGUAUUUAUAACUAGGUGUAUAUAAAAAACAUGUCCCCAUUUAAAGGUGUAUGAGAAACAAAAUACUAGUACUAAUAAUUUUAUCAAUUUUUUAAAUUAUUUGUAAGUAAAUGUCUGUAAAUGUGUGUCUGUAAUUUAAUGUUACCAAUGCUGUGGAAAUGUAAAGACCUUUUAUGUCAAUAAAAGCCACUUCUAUCACAAUCAGAAAGAGAGAGAGAGAGAGAGAGAGAGAGAGAGAGAGAGAGAGAGAGAGAGAGAGAGAGAGAGAGAGAGAGAGUAUAAGAAAAGCAAUACACACUUUCAGGGAGGACAAAUGUAAAGUUUAUUUCAGGCGAAACAUCUACAAACAUCUACCUUACAAACAUGCAUGUGGAGAAGUUCUCUGAAAGCAUAUUUUACAGCAAUUAUUUUGCUGAAAAAGGGAUUUAUAUAUUGCAUAUGCAUGGUCAGUAGUGUACAGACUAUACAAGUGUGUGUGUGUGUGUGUGUGUGUGUGUGUGUGUGUGUGUGUGUGUGUGUGUAUACAUAGCCUAUAUAUAAUUUCUUAUUUAUAUGUUGAUAUGUUCGUGUGUGUGUGUGUGUCAAACAGCACAUAUACAACAUUCCAAAUAUCUGUUUUUGUUUAAUAAGCCUUGUGCCUAUAGUGAAAACACGCCACGCAGGGGAUCGCUCCAUUGUCUUUGCUUUCAGUAAGGCUUUCUGAGUAUUGACCUGGAUGUCUGAACAGGAUAAAUGAGAGCCAUACGCAGUUCCAUUUGCAAUGACACUGCACCGACUACUACCGCCGCUCUCACAAUGCUUCUCAAACGGCCAUUUUUGAUUUCCAGCUGUUCGUUUAAAAUGUCUUCGCCCGUCGAGACAACCCGUUAAGAUAAAUCAAACUGCGCUGUCGACAUCCCAAGAUAGAAUUCGGUAUAUGGUUCCGUUCUAGGCUAUAUCUUUUUUGUUUGACCACGUGAUUGUCUAAAUAAUUAAUGCAGCACGUCCCCUAGAAACACGGCGUCGUCAUUAAUCGCGAGGACUCUAUCAGACUUGAAAACUGAAGAGAUCCAAGAAAAUAAUAUCCAAACGGUCCUGUAUCUCACACCACCGCAACCUGCACAUCCGUACAGCUUUUCAGCCAGUGGAGCAUCGGUCGCCGUCUAAAUUAUGAAGAUCGCUUGAGGAGAAACGGAGGAGAGAAAACCACAGACUGCGGUCAAAGGACAGAAAAUCUGUGGGAAGCUCCAAUCACGUGAUUGACAAGUCCAUGCAAUUGGACAGGGGUUCACAGGCUCUCUUAGUUUGAACCUUAGCAAUGCAGAAAGCCACUUAUUAUGACAAUGCUGGACUUUUCGGAGGAUAUU